UAAACCCACCGGCACCGGGCACAGCAAGUAGAACCCAGCAGACGAGCAGCGGCAGCGAGUUCAUAGUCAUAGAAACAGAAACGGAAACAGAAAAAGGGAAAGCGAUGGAAGGCGAAGAAGGAGGAGGGAUAAGGCUGAGCAAGAGGUUCUCAGACAAAGGAGGCGAAGUCGAUAACAAAACCAAGUCAGGGACGGCGUGGAGCCACUCGUACCUGAACCAGAAGCCAUGGCACCCUCUCUCUUACCCCAACCAACGCCGCAAGUGGAUCGCCGAGCAGAUCCAGGCCCAGCACCAGCGUCGCUCCGAAGAAGUCUCCCGCGAGUAUGCGCAAGAGCAGGAGUUCUUUCGGCAGGCAGCUCUCAUCUCCAAGAAAGAUAAAGAAAAGAUUGAGAAUAUGAAAGCUGUUAGCUUCAUGUAUGUUCGUCCGCCGGGUUACAAUGCCGAGAGUGCCAAAGCUGCAGAGCUUGCCGAUGAGAGUAUGAGAGAUGGUCAACAAACACAAACAGAUGGCCCUUCUACUUCAAUGCCUCCCAGUGGUGAAGAAGGCAAGAAGAAACCAAGGCCUAAAGAUGUAUUUGGCCGCAGUUUGCCUACUGAACAAGAGUUUGAAGUGUUGAAAAAUGCUCCUAGGCUGGAGACUGGUGUUCCUACGAGGGCAAAACCAUUUGGAGUUGAAGUGCGCAAUGUAAAGUGUGUCAGGUGUGGAACAUUUGGUCACCAAAGCGGUGAUCGUGAAUGUCCAUUGAAGGAUGUUAUUAUGCCUAAUGAAGAGAGCCGACUGAAAAGGGACGAUCCUUUGACUGCCAUUCUUGCACACACAGAUCCUAGUGAGCCUCUGAAGUGGGAACUCAAGCAAAAACCAGGAAUUAGUCCUCCACGUGGAGGGUUUAGGCCAGAUGACCCCAACCAGCAAAUAGUUGCGGAGGAGGAUAUAUUUGAUGAGUAUGGAGGAUUUCUCAGUGGGGAUGUCAUCCCUGAGUUGCUGGCCAACUUCUCGAGCAAACCCAAGAAGAAGUCCAAAAAGAAUACCAAGCGCAAAACAAAGCGGUCACCAUCCAUUAGUGGAGAAGACCAGUCAUCUUCUGAUGAGGAUGACAAGAGGGGGUCAAAGAAGAAAGUAUCCAAGCUAAAGAAAAAGAAGCGUAAUCAUUCUGAAUCGAGCUCACCAGAGAUUGAUAGACAUAAAGUAAAGAAUAAAUACGAGGAAUCUUAUUCAUCCGAGGAUUUGAAUCAUGAAAAACAUCACAGAAGUUCAAAGAACAGACCGAAGCAUUCUCAAUCAUUUGAAGAUUCCGACAUGGACAGGUGGCAGUACAGAAGAGACAAGAACAGAGACAGAGAUGCUAAUUCAUCUGAAGAUUCUGAGCCUGGUAAGAACCAAAGAGGUACCAGACUAAGAUCUGAGGAUUCGGAUGGUGAAAAACAUCAUAGAAGUACAAAGAACAGACAGAGGCACUCUCAUUCAUAUAAAGAUUUUGAGAUUAAUAGGCAUUUUAGAAGGGAGAAGAGCAGGGACAGUUGUGCCAAUUCAUUUGAAGAUUCUGAGCCUGAUAGGCACCUUCCAAGUGACCAGCGAAGACACCAGAGCAGACACCGACAUUCUUAUUUAUCUGAAGAUUCUGAGCCUGAUAGGCACCAUUCAAGUGACAAGAGAAGACAGUGGAGCAGACACCGGCAUUCUUAUUUGUCUGAAGAUACUGACAUAGGCAGGCAGAAAAGAAGUAAAAGAAGCAGGGAUGAGCUUACCUAUUCAUUUAAUGAGACCGAUGAUAAAAGGCAUCGUACAAGUAGAAACAGUAGACACAAGCACUAGAUGUAGAUUCCCACUCUUGAGGAUGAGAGAUGUAGACACUAUUGCAGUUGCCAUCACCAGUUCAUCAAUCUUCUGGGCUUCUGGCUAUCAGAACAAUUUUUUUACCAAGUCUUUUGGAACAUCUGGCCUGGAAAGUGCUUUGGUGGAAAUGAGCUUUACUCAGAAACGUGAGGAGGACCCGAGUCAACUGACACGACCAAUUAUUUGUCACCUGUGUUUGUUGUAUUGUAUUCAUGAAACUGAUAGUCCAUCGAUACAACUUCCAUAUAAGAAAGAAAGGAUUUACUUUUGAACAUUUGAAGAAGAAAUAUGAAUGUUAUUACCAGUUGCUUUUUGUAUUCA